CAGUUUUUAAUUCGAAUGACAGUAAAGUGAGCGCAAUUCUGUUAGAAUCAACCGCUUUGUAUUCCAAUCAAACAUUUAGAACGACAAAAGUAAAGUGACAAAAGUAAAGUGUGCAGUGAAAAUGGAGCCACCAAAAGAAGACGAAAUACCAGACAUGAAAGAAAUUAUCAAGAAACGUGAAGAGAAAUGGAAUGGUUUCUUCGAAAAAUAUAAGGACUUUGAUUUUGUGGAGCAAAAUGAUUCUCUAUCCGAUUAUUCUGAGCAAGAGAUGACGGAUGAUGAUUCGUUCGAAGUAGUAAGUGAAUCAGAUGAUCAGAAUAAUGAUUACGAAGCCAUAGAAGUGGACGAUAGCGUCGCAAUAGAAGACAAAGAAUCAGAUGAUGGUUGCAUUGAGGUAUCAGAAGACGACGAAAGGGCUUCUAUGUUCAGUCAAGUAUUUCAACAGAUUGUCAAGCAAAAGAUAGAAGUAUUUGAAAAGAACAGCCGUCAAAAUUCUAUCCAAAAAAUUAAAACCAAAGAUGGAAUGACGAAGCAUGUUCGUGAGUCGACCAUAUGCAAGGAAAGGCGUUCAAUUAUGGCAUCAGAAAUGCCAAUGCCUACUACACCGAACAUGUACAUAAAUAUCCCAAAUUUACAAGAAAACAAUUGCAUGGCUUUGGUGAAACCACAUUCUAGCGCCAUACAGCCACAUGGUAGUAAUAUUGCGGUGGAUGAAAAUAUCGAAGUUUUGAAAAGUGGCAAAAUGAAGAUUACAAAAACCAUUACAACAACCACUACGACAACAACCACCACUGUACAGGAAUUUCAACAAGAUGAAAAUGUCACACCACAGAAAGCCAAACCUCCAAGAUCAGCGAAAAAAAAGCGAACAGCAAAUGAAGCGACUGACAGUGAAUUUGACGUCUAUGGCACCAACUACGAUGAUGAUGAUUUGCAAACACCACACCAACGUAAGGGUCAUUUCAAUGUCUCUGCUACUUCACUAUCAACAACUAAAAUCAAUGAAUCGCGUCUUGCAAUCGAACUUACGCCGACUACGGCAAAUGGAAGAGAAAGAAAAUUGGUUCCGAAGCAAAUUCGAAGUGUUUUAAGCGAAACCAUACAAAAUGGCGAGAUGGACGAGAAUGAUUUUUGUGGUGUUACAAACCGUGAAAUUCAACCCUCAAAAGGUUCACGCUUAUCAUUAGUUUUCACACCACAGCGGAACAAAGCGAUUACAGCCGGUGACUCAUUUGUCGACCCCUUGGCUAUGCAAAAAGAAAAUCCAAGAGCAAUUUAUAUCAAUGCACGUGACGAUGUCGGCAAAUUUGCGGAUAAGGAGUAGUCGAUCAACAUCAUCAAUCCCGAUCAACAUCAUCAACGCAAUACUCACCAUAAUAUAUUACAACAUUCCUAGUUUUUAUGCUAUUGAACAACAAAAUGUCAAUCAUAUAAAAUUUUCAAUCAGUAGUUUCGAGCAAAAUUCACAUAUACACACAAUAUUUUCAAUUAAGCAUCAUAUUUAUUUAUUAAGAUAAAAGAUAAUGUAACAAA